GAGCGCGUGCGUCUGGGCUCCCGUGAGCAGCUCGCGCUCACCGGACGGCAGCAGCAUGGUCGGUUCGGUGUUACCGGGAGAGAAGCUCCGCGUGGAUUCUCCGUGACGCUCCGCCGGUUCUUUGUUUGUUUGUUUUAUUUACAGUCUGGCCGCGCGCGCUCCGCUCCGCUUCGAACUCUCUGAGCGUCUCGCGGGCGCAGCGGCAACGAUGCUCGCGCUCACCUUCACCUGCCGCGCGCUGCUGCUGUUCCUGCUGACGGAGUCCGUUCAGACCGACAGGAAGCCGCCUUUCCUGAUCACAGAGAACAUGUGGCCUCGUGGUUGUGUCCUGGACUGCCACCGGGGGCGCCACCGAGCCGUCUGCGGCAGCAACGGCAGGUUGUAUAAAUCGCUGUGCGCCUUCCAGAGAGCUCAGUGCAUCAACACACAACUCCGCCUGGCCCCGCAAACACACUGCUCAGACCCGGUGCAGACUAAAUGCCAGCUGGUUCGGUCUCAGGUUUUGGAGGCUCGAACCCUCAGCAGCAGUUUCAGUCCUUCAUCCGCCGUCUUCGUUCCCGAAUGCAGCUCUGAAGGUCACUUCCUGCCAACUCAGUGCCACAACCAGACCGGAUACUGUUGGUGCUCGAUGCCGGAUGGAAAACCGGUCAGCGGGACAACGGUCCUCCAUGUCGUCCCCAACUGUACCGAUCUCAUCACCAAACUGGUCCAGCACACUGAUACAGAUUCAGCUGCGAUCGAAGAUGAAGCUAAUGAACCUUUGCCUACGCUGGAUCCUAAAAAACCUGCAGAGCUGACGGCUCCUCCGUUCUGGGUCACCAUCCUGAUGAACUCUGAGCCCAAAUCAAACCGAUCAGUCCGGCGACCCACCGACAGUCCUCUGACCUGUGAGCGUGAGCGAUCGUCACUGCUCUCUGAGAUCCGUUCAGCCUUCCAGGACGAGCGUUUUAUCCCAGAAUGCACUGCAGACGGACGCUACAGCCCCGUCCAGUGUCACUCUGCUACCGGUUACUGCUGGUGUGUCCGAGUGGACAGCGGGAGGCCUCUACCGGGAACAUCUGCACGGAAUCGUAUCCCAGACUGCACCGGGGCAGGAGAAGCUCCGACAGACAGGAAGUACAAGGACAAGCCUCUACCUGGUUGUCCUGGAGCUCGGAAGAAGCAGUUCCUAAAGAGUCUGGUCAGAGCGCUGCAGCUGGAAGCAGAGCAUGCUGGGACUCUGAGUCCACACCAGGCCUCAAACUCUUCUCCUUCCACCUCUCCGUCCUCUGCUCCUCCUUCAUCACCACCGUCCUCCUCUUCCUCCUCUCUGGACGUCGCCGCCUCGGCUGCUCCGGAGGCCGAAGACUCUUCCGGGCCGGAGGCGGUUCUGCGAUGGUUCUUCAUCCAGCUGGACGUCGACUCCAGCGGCGUCCUCAGCGAACGUGAGGCCCGACCGCUGCGUCAGUUCCUGCGACGGAGGCUGAAGCCGAGGAGAUGCGCCAAGAAAUUUGCUCAGUACUGCGAUCGAGACGGAGACCGAGGCCUGACGAUGGAGGAGCUGAAGACCUGCCUGAACCUCUGAGGGUCAAACACAGAGUCGAAGCCUCAGUGAGCUCAAAGACCAGCAUGUCUCCUCUCCUCAGUUCUAUUUAUUCAACCAGAAAACCAUGGAAAUGUCGUCAAUCGCUUCCUUUUCAUCCCAGAUCAGCUCAGUGUUUCCUCAUAAUCCUUCAGCUGCAGCAGGUCUGGUGCUUUAAACACUGUAUAACUGCUCUUUCUUUUAUUUGCUGCCUGUCUUCUCCUCUUGCUCAUGAUUCCUGGUUUCUUUUCCUGUUUCUCAUUUCCUCGAGGAGAGAGGAGUUGAGUCAUUUAUUUAACAAAACAAUGUUGACAGCUGCAUCAUCUGUCUGUUGCUUUGUUCAGAGAUUGACAGAUGUGGUUUUCUUAGGGCAAAUUAUUAUUAAUCAGUGAGAUGGAUGACCAAUAUUUUGACUGAUGUUUAUUUGCGGUAGACAAAAUAAGUGCAUCUCAGCUGGAGGACAGAACAUUUAGUGCACGAAGUCACAAUAAUGUUGUACAAUAAAAGGCUGUCAAUUUAUUUUUUACCCAAAAAUCUCAAUUUAAAAAACAAAAAAAGAUAAAUUCGGAACAUUGGAUCCAUUAUUCAGCCAGACCUGCUGAGAUUAAUUUCUGGGUCAACAGCAGGAAGAUGAAGGGGAAGUUCAAAGUAGAGAAAUUAUUCAUACAUAAUUAUCUCAGGAUUCAACUCAGACUUCACAGUCAGAGUUUGUUAAACCACAAAAAUAAAUGAAACCUUCAGAUUAAAAGUCUGAUGCUCACAGUUCAGUGUCUUUCUGCUGCAGUAUAUCAAAAUUGGAGAUGUAUGAAUGUAAUUUGGCGAUUUGAGAGGAAAUACAGAAGUUUCUGAGCCUGAAUAGUUCAGUCGGUAAAGCAUCAGACUUUUAAUCUGAGGGUCCAGGGUUCAAGUCCCUGUUCAGGCAACAUGAGUUUUAAGAUACUUCAUUCAACAUCACAAACUGUCAACUUUCAGCACAGCAAACUGCAUUAAAUACACUCCAUGCUACGCUGUAUGUUGGUCAAAGAAAAGGACUCCUAAUGUGGUAGUUUAUGCCAGAGCUUCAUCUGUCUUUAUCAUUUAUUUGAUGAUGUCUCACCUCUUUUAUACGUCACUGAUACCAAAAACCAAGACCACAGAAAGUCACUGUAAAGGUGAAAGUGAGUAGUGGAGGUGCAGCAGAGAGAAGCUGAGGAAACGAGCCUUUAACAAAGUUCCUCGUUUCUAUUCAUAGAUCAAUAUGUUUUUUUUGUUUUUUUUUUUUAAAUUUUAUUGUUAUUAGUACAAGAGUGACAGUUGGAUAAACCUGCUUUGUGGAAAAGAUCUUUGAACCUGGAAACCUUCAGAUUAAAGGUCUGAUGCUCUAAUCUGGAAUGUUUCUGCUGCAAUACACUGAAAAUACAAAUGUAACAUUAUAAUUUUGUGUCUCCAGAGGGAAUGUGUAGGCUUUCCAAGCCUGGAUAGCUCAGUCGGUAGAGCAUCAGACUUUUAAUCUGAGGGUCCAGGGUUCAAGUCCCUGUUCAGGCGAUAAAAACUUUCUUAAAGCCAAGAGGAAACACUUUAACUUUCUCUGUAGCUAAACUAUGUGGUACUCAGCAUCACCUGCUCAUGAUUUGUUGUUUAAAGCGGCUCUGAGAUGAGCAGAAGAGUUGAUGAUAACUUAGAGUAAAUAUUUCCUUCUUAAAGCUUUGUGUCGUGUCUCUUUUAUACGUCACGGCUGCUAUAAAGUCUUCAGUGAAGGAUCCACCUCUACAUCCUCACUCAUCUCUCCUCCAGAUGAAUUCUAGGAUCAGACAAAGAGCUUUAAAACAGAGAAAUGAGAAGAACCUUCUGUCUUUCUGAUUAAUCCCUCCUUUAAUGAUCUCCUCCUUGCUGCUUUCUUUCCUUCCUUUGUUUUCUACCUGAAUCAUCACCUCCUUCUUUUGCUCAGCUGCUCCUUUAUCUUUCCUAUCUCCUACUUUAAGCUACUUUUCUACCUCUUUCUUCUCCUCCUCUUCUUUGUACAGACUCUGCUUCUCCACACCAGCAGUAUAUUAAUGCAUUUUGAUACACAUUUUGAACGUAUUUACUUUGUAAUUUGUUUUAUAUGUUGGAUUUUUAUGCCAAUCUUUAACUUUACAGACACUAAAUCAAUCUGUUGUGACUUUAAUCACUUGUUGGUGUUUGUAAAUGUGAUUUCAAUAAAGAGAUGUUGAAUUUCUCUGUUCAUUAA